CGCCCGCCGUGAAGGUUGUCCCCCGCAGGACUCUGCCCCGAGACUACAGCCUGGACGGCAAUCAGAGAGACCUUUGUGUACCUGACGUUCUAGGCGCCUGCUAGUAAAGCGAAUAGGUUGAGCUUCCCUAUUCAGCUUACAUCUGCCGUCAGAUCUUGGCCCGUUCGUUCAUCAGCCCCUCAGAGAAUCAUCGAGUUCCCGACCCUAUGCCUUCUUGUGUUGACUGGUUCGCGCUGUCUACGCCGAGAUGCGUGCGAUCAUCUCCCUUGUGUUCGCAUAGAUACCGUGAGACUGCUUCUGCUUCGGGAUGCAACCGAACCGCCUGUUACAUCCCGUAGCCGCUAUUUACCGUCGUGACCAUUGUAGCUGUUUGUCUUUAUACAGGAUGUCAUUUAUGUAGCCCCCUUCGUGACUUAGCGAAUUGGUAGAAUCCCCUUUUGGUAGAAUCGACGUAGAGUUUUGCAGCCAUUGUUUCUGUAGCUACUAUAAUAGCACCCAGUACGGCCCUAGCAAAUGUUAAAGGAAACAUCGCGACAAGUGGCCACAUGUGAUACCGUUUUAACCACAUUGAUACUAUUCUCAUGUCUGGAUUUGGGAUCCUACAGACGAUAACGAAGCUGGCCUCGAGACCAAACUGGCCGUCAGCCAUGAUCAUAUUGCCGUGCGUAUUGUUGCUGAUGUGUGUAUAUCAUGGCUGUCAUUUGUCUACCUGUUUUUAACUCAUGUGUAUUGUAAUCUCUGUUAUCUCCGAAACGUAAACCGUAUCCUCGAAACACUGAGCGAUUGAAGUUAGAUGAAGCUGUCUAUAAGUAAGUUGUGUUAUUAAAUCGUUAUGUUAUUAAGUUAAGCUGGACUGAGUCGACUUGGAUCGCCCACCAAAUCAAAUGAAUUUACGCAUUUAUAAUUGUGAGGUUUGUGCGUAGUGUGCAGCAGCUCAUCCCUUUCGAUGCGUGUUGAUUCGUUACGAUCGCUGCUACUACCGCUAUUAACGUGCUUCAUAUGUGCUAUGACGUCUAUCUUGCCGUGCUUUAUGUAUCUACCUGUGCGUCCACUUUGGAUUACGUGCGUCGCGCUGAAGAGUGGCAAUUCAAGAUUUGACUGACAAAGAUCGACAACCAUUAUCAUCCUGGUCCUAUCGUUGUCAAUUUUUCUAAAAUUGUAAAAACAGGAAUAUCAUUAUAGCAUCCUUAAAACAAAAACUUAUCCGUUGUUUGGUUAGUACGAGCUUGGUGGCUUGUACGUGCAUCCGUGUCUAUGCUGCAUACAGAUCCAAUAAAAGAAAAAGCACAUCCACUUAAGUGACUGUAAUUUUUCAUUGAACUUGGAAGCCAAAUAAUAGAAAAACAGUAACACCCGGACCGAAUUGGAGGCGGAUUCAAACCCGCUAUCUGACAUUUACAGAAUGUCGGGUGGUGGCGAAGGUACGCCUAUGGCAAGGCCAGCUUUUAUAGCCGUAGGUUCAGGCGGAGGCGGUGGGGUACCCGCUCGACCAAGUGGCGGUGUGGCAUCACGCCGGGGCCCUUUCACGUUGGCUCAUCUCUCGAUUCCAGCUUUCAGCAGUUCCUUCGAUCGACCUUGUCCAGAACUACCACCUGAGCGUCCGCUGCCUGAACUUUCAGGGCUGGGCGAACUUGACUUUACUCCUGUUUGCAACGGGCUACUAUCGAAGUCGUAUUCGUUUUCCGAAGGUGAGUUUGCAACGGCAUGUAGUCCAGAACAGUCGAGGAUGUAUUCAUUAGCAUCGCGAAUGCCCCACCAUGAACACAGCCCCGACACGUCGGCCGGAAGUAGCUCAGCGGCGUCGAGUUCCUCCGGAUCGAUGUUUCUCCCCGAUCACAUCUCGGAUCGCAAUAGUGACUUUCAUCCUAGGCCUUCGUCGUCACACAGUGCCGAAUACAUACCGAGUACGGAUGAAAUUAAUCAGGCGUUAGCCCAGUUAACGAGUCGUAGUUGGACUCAAGACGUUGACGAGGAGCCGAUCACGCCCUGUAAUGAUUCUACUUACAGUUAUGUCAGCGCAGUGAUCCAACAGCUGCAAACAAAUAGUUCUACAGCUUCGUCUCCAACAUCAUCGACGUUCACCAGCCCGCGAAGUGGUUCAACUAGAUCGUCGUUUGGACGCGGAUCUGCUCGCAAUAAGAGAUCCUUAUCGCAGUCUCCUAGCGAAUCUCCAAGUUCCCUUGACAUUAACACUAUUAUCCGCACUUCUCCGACAUCUCUCGCUGCAUACUUGAACAGUUCUCGUAGUUCUCUGCUGUCGGGCUCAGGUUCAUAUGGCCAUUUAUCUGCGAGGAACUCUUUACAGAAUUCGCCGAACUCGGAACAAAGUCCAAGGCGGUUUAGCUUCACGGCCACGAGUGGCAUGGUCUCUCCGGAUUUAGCCUUGCAGGCCAUUCAGGAACUCGAGCAGGCGUCCUAUCAUGGCGAUCAGCUAGUAGAUGCAAACUUAGCCGUCAUUGAACAACAGCCGUUGGGUGAGAUUCGUGAGAAUGCGUAUACAGACCACCAAUUUACAACGCCUGCAGAACCGCCGACAGCAGCAGCGUCGUCAGCACCUGCACGAAAUGCGCUUAUGCCACCUAUUCAACAGUGCUCCAGUAUGGAGCGUAUACUUCGAUCUCAGAUAAGUUUUGAUAUGGACGAUGAUGACGAUCCGUUCAGCCAGCCGUCUGCUUCCACCACGUCCCCGAACACAGGCGCCGACGCUGCCACAGCAUCGGCCUCCACCCUUGCACAGUCAACGGGGCUUUCUGCGCCAGUUACAUCAACGGCCAUCGCCAAUACGUCAUCGGUUCUGCCCCCCUUGGCUUUACCGCCACAGUUGGCAAAUCACUCGUCGUCGACAAUGCCGGCGCCUCCGUUACCCCCUCCGCCUCCGUUACCCCCACCGCUUCCUGUACAUCCCAGCCUAUCAUCCUUCGCCUCGUCUGUAUCGCGCCCACCACCGCCACCAACACCUGGAGGAAGCGCGAGUACCUCCGCUGCAAUGGGCCCUUCAUGUGCUUCGAUGCCCGGCCCUGAAGCUCCGCGACCGCCGCCGCCCAGCUACGAGGAACACUUCCAAAUGUCACAAAGACGUCGUUGGCUAGCCGGACGCGCAGUCCAUGAAAUGAAUUCGACGGAUUCGCUUCCGUCGAAUUACUCGUCGUUUGACAGCUCAACUGGAAGCGAUUUCGCUUCGGAGCUCGAUGCGACUUCGGGAGGCAGUGACGCACAACGAUGUUAUGACUGCCUCUGGGAGGAUUGCGGUUUGCCGUUUGACGAUCAGGAGGAUUUGGUGCGUCACAUUGAACGGGUGCACGUCGAGGGACAACGGGGACACUGCGGAGAAUCUGGAAGUUCUGCUGCUUUAGGUGUUGGAUUCCUACCUGGAAGUCAGGCAACGGAUGAAUUCACCUGUCACUGGGCUGGGUGUCCAAGAAAAAAGAAGGCCUUCAGUGCCCGGUAUAAACUGAUCAUCCAUAUGCGAGUACAUUCUGGUGAAAAGCCUAAUAAAUGUAUGGUGGACGGAUGCAAUAAGGCGUUCUCUCGUCUUGAAAAUCUCAAGAUUCACUUGAGAUCCCAUACCGGAGAGAGGCCUUACCUUUGUCAGUUUGCUGCCUGCCAGAGGGCGUUCAGCAAUUCUUCCGACCGAGCUAAACACCAACGAACGCAUCAGGACACCAAACCGUACGCUUGUACAAUACCCGGCUGUUCAAAGCGAUAUACUGAUCCGAGCUCUCUUAGAAAACAUCUCAAAAGUCAUUGCAUUAGCGACGGCACGCGCAAGAAGAUGAAACCUGUCGAGUUGUCGGAAUCUGGCUCCAAAGCAAAAUUUUGUGAGUUACAAGACAAAGGCAGUAGCUCCGCGUUUCAUCCUGGAGCGUACCGAGACGGGGGACUUGAUCAAGGCAAACCUUCAAGUUAUGAAACUUCUCCAGCAACCUCAAUGACUUCGCCAAGCUCUCUAGGAAGUACCGCCUCAACGCCAUGCACCCCCCUCAAUAGGAAAAUGUCUACUGAUAUGGCUGACCCCGGUGCGUACGUGCAGCUAUCGGCGAUAACAACUCGUCAACAUUUUAAUCUCUAUCACCAUUCAGUACCUGGGACGACUGAUACACAGUCAGCAGAUUCUGCACUGAAUCCCCUUAAUCACCUCAGCUCGUACGUUACUUGUAACCUUCCCUGCCAAUCCUCGCCUAUUUGCAUGCACAACGAGUACAGUUGUUAUAACGGGCUAAUCAGCAGUGGCACAUCGGUCGGCAGAAAUAAGGCACCAGAUUUAGUAUUACCAGGUUGUAGCGCUACUGGAGCCCCUUCUCACAUUGAUAGAGGAUAUUUUGACCAGGGAGUCGCUGCGACGAUUAAAGCAGAGACCCACGAAUAUGGCAAUUGCAUUAGACAACAGCAACCAUAUGGGCAGGUGCCAUCAUUUGACUCGAGGAUCACGGUCAAAAACGAAACACCAGGAUACGGAAAUUGUACGAGACGACAACAAUAUGGCCAGCCUCCGUUGCCUCCGUUCGAUGCGUUCUAUAUUUCGAAUUCAUUUGAUUCGGCUCGGUAGCGACAUUGUGCUAUAGCAUAGAUAGACCGUUAUAUGUUUUUGUGAAUAAUGUGACGAGGAUCGACGACGAACCUGUCACAAAAAUAAAUAUUUUUUACACAGACGAAUAGAUUUCGGUUACCAGCGUCGUUACGUAGACAAUUAGGCUCGUCAGGUUUGAAGGAUCAGACAUGGUUAGGCUGGCCAAACUGAAAGUUCUUCGUCAAAAAACACCAGAAGUACGGGAAUUCGCUAAAAGGAGCUGUUGUAGCGGUUCAUUUGACGUUAUGCGAUCUGCAAGCCCCCGUUACGACAGGACUUAGCAGUAGCGAACAUGCAGCGUGAAAGAUAUGAAAUCGACUCCACCAUUCGGAUCAUCGACUUAUUCUAGUCUCCGCCCGAAAUUUAUUUAUUUACUAGUUGAUAUUCGGCAAAGCAGAUUUCAGACGGAAGGAAAGGCCACAACGAUCGUCUUAGCUUACGGCUGCGAAACAAAUGCACCGAAUCGUCCUAAAAGUACCACCACGAAGGGUCCUAAAAGUACCAACAAAGCAUGUUCUAGAUGGCUGCACAGUUUUCUCUUAGCUAACUAUUAAGAUCGUCAUCGUGAAACAAUGGCCAAAGUGCACAAGCGUGUAGUUUUCAUACAGCCGUCAAUAUCUCCCACCUAAAUCCUUCUGAGGACACCGGUAAGGACAGGUUGACUGGAGUGAUAAUGGGCCCAAAGCAAUAUUUGUUGACUGGAAGCAAAGGAGGAUCGAACGUUCCGAUAGAUGGACCCUGUACGUGUCACACCAGAGCAUCGAGUAUUCUCUAUCAUUUCACCUCGACACAUCAUCACCUGUUUAUACAGUAAGCACCUAUAACAUUACUGCGGCAAACAUGCAGCAAAUUGACCGGAUAAAGCAACGGGGAAUUCGUAUGAAGUAGUUAUACCGGCGUUCUUUUUUAAGUGGACUAUGGUUAUGUCGUAUAGGUCAAUUUUACGUGUAGUCUCUAGGAUAAUUAUGACACAGCUACCCCUCCAGAAUAUGAAUACAUUAUAAAAAAAAAAUUGGCAUAUGUAAAAAGUGUUCAUUUUUAGAAAGACCUUCUGAAUAUUAAAUGUUUUUAAGUAAUUUUCGAGCAUUUAGGUGUUACGUACGAGACCAAAAAUAUAAGGAGAAAAGCUCAGAGGACUUGUGCCAAAGUGUCUCGUGAUACGAUAUACAUACACAGAACCAAUGGGUUGAAUCUAGGAUUGUAAUUAUUACUGUUAAUGUAUUAGCGGUACUUGCUUUGUACAUAUCCGACCUAAUCUCUGUGCAUAAACACACGUUAGA